AUGAACGACCACGACGAACGCGACGCUUCCAGUAGUGAGGACGACGAAGUUUUCGUCACGGACUCUACAGACGGAGACGACGAUGACGACCGGAAGAUCCUUAGCUCUCCAAAGCGAACUCGCAAAUCCGAAGCAGUAGCUGAUGCUAUGACGCCACUUAUCGUCCAUUCCUCUUUCGACGCUUAUUUCACUCAAACAGCGGCACGCCCUCAAACGUCAAACAGUGUAUUUUCAUCGAUUAUUCCUCCUCUUUCUGCAGAGGAAUACGCUGAAACUCUAGCAGAUAUUGACCGAUCUAUCAAGCAGCCCUUGGCCUCGGAAAUUGUCUCCAAUCCAUCCGUUCGGAAUGCCCUUUUCUCUCGGCUCGUUCUUCAGCUUAGAGCCAAUUUCAACAUCCUAUGUUAUGGAUAUGGCUCUAAGCGCCAGCUGUUGAACCAAUUUGCUGCCGAAAGGUGUGCAAAGUUGGGUCAUGUUGUCAUUGUCAACGGAUUUAAUCCUGAUUUCGGUGGGGUCAAGGAAGUGGCGAAGAUUAUCGAAAACAACCUUUCAGGAGUUUUAUCUCUUCCCCUGCCCUCUGGACCAUCCUCUAUAGACUCCCAAAUUCAACGAAUAUGCCAAUUCUUCAAUGGUGACUCCCCUUCAGCCACUCAGAAGAACAAGAAACGUCGUCACCUUUACAUCGUGAUUCACAAUAUCGACUCUGAUGUCCUCCGAAGUGCAAAAUCCCAAUCCCUUCUUUCCAAUCUCGCUUCAUCACCCGGAAUCCAUCUAGUUGCCUCCGUGGACCAUAUUAACGCACCACUCAUCUGGUCUUCUUCACAGCUCGCCUCUCGUGGGUCAGAAAUGGAUUCGACCUCCACAUUCUCUAAAGGUUUCAACUGGAUUUGGGCAGAUCUCACAACUGUUGCACCUUACGACUUUGAAUUGACAUUCGCGGAUCGCACCUCCAUUUCAGGCGCACACGACAUUACUUCGCGGAAACACGCGAAUUCUCUCGCGACGUCGCUCACCAACGCUGCCAUAUCUGAAACGGCAGCACUUCAUGUUCUGGCGUCUGUUACAGUCAAAGCCAGAAAUCUUUUCGCAUUAAUGGGUCGGCGUCAGCUCGAGUUGAUGGAGGCAGCCGGCCAAGAAUCGGGUACUACCAUUGGCGACAGCUAUUGGCAUCAGUUUGCCAUCACCUAUUCUGCGCUUUUUAAUGAGGCCAGAGACAAGUUUCUAGCGACGAAUGAUACCCAGUUGAGGGCAUUGCUUGGGGAAUUUAGAGACCAUAAUCUAAUUGUGGGGUCUCAAGGAGGCAGUGCUGGUGAGCUUUUAUGGAUUCCUGCACGGAAGGACCGGUUGGAGAAGAUCUUGGAAAGGGUCAAGGAUUAA